GACUCUGUAGCCACGUUGGGGCAUGCGCAAAGAGAGUCCCUAAGGCUCUUGAGGGCCUAGAGAGGUCCUCAGACUUUAACUGCCUUAGCUUUAACUUUUGCCGCUGGUUUAGGGAAGGCGAGCCGUAACUUCAUGGAGAGGAGACAAGGUUCGGGUUCAGGAAACUCGAGACGGCCCGGGAAACCCACAGUCUGAAACAGAAAACUACCCGAAGCCGGAUGAGCCUCCUGCGAGGAAUAGUCAAGAAAUCUUUCCCGAGGUGGGAAAUAAGGGUCCUGCCUUCCGAGAGCCUGUGUAAAGAAGAUGACUCAAGUUGGGCCUUUGCUUGCCGUGCAGGAGGCCCUAAGGAAGUGCUUUCUCGUGGUGGAGGAGCAGCAAGGCCUGUGGCAGAGCGUUCUUAAGGACUGCCCGCCGCUCCUGGCCUCCCUCAGUAACCUGGCAGAGCAGCUGCAGGCCGCACAAAAUCUGCGAUUUGAAGAUGUGCCGGCACUUCGGGCCUUCCCAGACUUACAGGAGCGGCUGAGACGCAAGCAGCUGGCGGCUGGUGACAUUGUCCUGGACAAGCUAGAGGAGAGGCUAGCCACCCUCCUCAAGGUGCGUGAUGUGGUCAGCAGCCACGUGGAACACGUGCUUCAGACCUAUGAGCGGCAUGCGGACACAAUCGGCCUGGAUGCUGUCCUGCAGGCUUCAGCUGCAAGCCCCUCUGUGGCUGAAAUGUUGGAGUGGUUGCACGAUAUCGAGAGACACUAUCGAAAUUUCUACCUGAGGAGGAGGCACCUCCUGUCCUCCAUCCAGUGGGGAGACCUGGAAAACAUUCAAGCUUUGCCCAAAGCCUGGGACCGAAUUUCAGAAGCUGAACACCCAGACCUUAUACGAGAUAUCCUGUUGAGUGUUUCCUUCUUCCUGGAAGAGUGAAGAAGCUGUGUGUUUAUUGGGAGACUGGGGGGAAGAAGACCGAUGUUGCUGCUCUCUGAAAUGGCAGCAUUGCAACCUGACAUAUGGGAAAUAUCAGUGCCUUCGAACCUGAGGACUGGUUCUUGGGAGGAUUGUGCUAGAGGUUUCUGACAGGGGCUUCUUCAUGCCUGGUCAUGGGCGGGUACAUGGUCACCCCUGCCCUUUCAAAAGGCUCAGAGGAGUGGACGGAGGCAGAGAGGAUUCCGGACAGGUUCUGCAGAAUGCUGGGGGGCAGAAGCAACAGCCACAUAAGUGGUGCAGAAGUGACACCGCCCUCAGUGUCAUCCAGAGCUCUGAGACUCAUUGACACCAAGUCCUAGUUUUGUGUAAUUGUGUCAGUACCUGACUCCUUGAUGAAAGAAAGUGGCGUUGAUGAUUUAAAGAAAUAGGGGUGAUGUUGAUGUCUUCCUGCUGUAAUAGCUCCUUAUCAUCAAGGCUGUUUCGGUUUCCAGAGCCUACCACCAGGGGGAGGUCGUGCAGCAGGAGUGAUUCAGAACGGUUUUUGUUUGGUGGUGCUCUUAAGGUCUGAGAGUAAGCAAGUGGGAUAGUGGGACCCCUAAAAUAACAGGUUUUUCUUUUUACCAAAGCUGGCAACUGCCUUGCCACAGUCCUCUGAUCUUGAAUGGGUGGGAGAGCACCAGCCCAGAGUCAGGCAUUCAGGGUUGUGUUUCUGAGGCCUAGUGCUUUCAUUGUGAAAUGAUCAUGGUACUUCCAGACCUUCCUAGCCUGGGAACCUCCAUAUGCCAUAGGUGUGGCCCCAAAAAAUAACAACAAAAAAUAAGCUACAAUACAUUCAUACAAUGUUAUACAAUGAUAUGUAAUUGUGUUGAGCUAUAUGUGCAGAUAUGAAAAACUGGCCAAAGGAUUUUAUUUUUUGCCUUUUAGGGCCACACCUAUUGCCUAUGAAAGUCCCCAGGCUAGUAGUUGAAUUGGAGCUACAGCUGCUGGCCUACUCCAUAGCCACAGCCAUGUGGAAUCUGAGCUAUGUCUGCAACCUAUACCAUAGCUCGCGACAACGCCAGCUCCUCAACCCACUGAGUGAGGCCACAGAUCAAACCUGCAACCUCAUGGUUCCUAGUUGGAUUCAUUUUUGCUGUGCCAUGACAGGAACUCUGAUUUUUUAAAAAAAUAAUUUAAAUAAAAGUAUAUAUCAGUGAUACCCUAAUUGUUUUAUUUUAAAAUUUUGUGGAGUUCCUGUUGUGGUGCAGUGGUUAACGAAUCCGACUAGGAACCAUGAGGUUGCGGGUUCAGUCUCUGCUCUUGCUCAGUGGGUUAACGAUCCGGCGUUGCCGUGAGCUGUGGUGUAGGUUGCAGAUGCGGCUCGGGUCCCGCAUUGCUGUGGCUCUGGUGUAGGCCGGAGGCUACAGCUCCAAUUUGACCCCUAGCCUGGAAACCUCCAUAUGCCGUGGGAGCGGCCCAAGAAAUAGCAAAAAGACAAAAUAAUAAAUAAAAAUAAAAAAUUUUGUGAAAAUGGACACUGAAAAGUUACAUAUCAAAAUAUUUCUGGUAGAGCUUGUUUUUAUGCUUUCCUACAUUUUAAAUGUUUUUUACAAUUUUCCUACAGUUUUUGCAAAAGCAUAUAUCACUUUUGUAAUAGUCAAAAAAGUCAUUUUCAUUUUGAAAAAUAUCUAUAUUCUUUAUUAAGCCCUUUUAGAUCCAAUGACCCAGAUGUUUAUACCAGCCAGGAAGCUGACAGUUUCCUGGCAAUGCUCUAAGAACCAGGCUUUAAGUUGGUAAGUUUUAAAUUUUAGUAUGAUGAUGAGCGUGUUGUAUUUGAGAUCAAAACAAUUCCAUGGGAGAAUAGAGGUGAUUGCUAACUGCUUAUGGGACUGCCUUGUGGUGAUGGUGACAUCGGAGUUAGGCCUUGAGGCUCGGAGAGGAGCGCAGGGCGCUGCAUGCCCAGGGUCGGUGUUUGAGGAAGAACGGAAGCUGCCGCCUCCUGAAAGUUUGCUGUGUGCGGGCACUGUGCUUGGGGCUUGUACCCUCUAGUACUGGAGUAUUAAUAGUUGAGUGUGGCGAGUCCCUGAAGUUGACAGGGAUAGGAGGGUAGGAGGGAAUGGGUCCGCUAGGUGGAUGGAAAGGAAUGGGGAAGAGCCCUGGAUGCCUCGCUCAAGAGUUUGUGUUUUGUUCUACAGACGGGAGUUGCUUGUUUACAACUGUAUGUCUGUGUGAGAAUAAAAAAGCUGCUUACACUUCCCUCAUUGAAACUGUAAUCAUCACUAUGAAUAGGUACAAGCAUGUUUAUUGGUGCUAAGUAAUGACUAUGUAUUAUUUAAGGAUAAUUGCUCCUUUAGCUUGUCGUCUGUUCCUAAAUUGCUAUCUUUCUGAUUGUUCUUUUUACAUUUAAAAUGAAUUUGGGUUAUUUUUUGAGUAAGGGAUACGUUCACAUUUUACAAAACUCAAAGGGCACAAGUGUACAUUCAGUGAAAAGUUUCCCUUCCCUAGAGUUUCCCCUCCCUGGAGGGAACCAGUGUUAAAUGUUUUCAGUGUGUCCUUCCAGAAAUAUCCCUUGCCUGUCUGAGUGCAGGAGCAGGCAUCCUACACGAUAGCCCCAGGGAUCCACACCCUUGGACACUCCCCUCCCCUUCAGCACAGGCUGGCCUUACAGAUUUGCUUCUAAUGAAUAGAAGGUGGUGGACAUGCUGGAGUGUCACUUCUGGCACUAGGUCAUGAGAAAAGACCAUGGCUUCCUUCAUCUUGGGCGCUGUCCCUUACUCUUGGGGAAAGUCAGCCUCGAGGCUGUGGGGCAGUCCCAGGAGAGCUCAUGGGACAGACUGAUGCCUGCCAGCAACCCCGAAUGAACUGGGGAGCUCACUCUCCCCGAGCUGGGCCUUCAGAUGAGACCACAGCCCAGCUAACAGCCUGACUACAACCUCCUGAGGACCUAAGCCAAAGGCAACCCAGCUCAGCUGUGCCUGGGUUCCUGAUCCACGGAAACAGAUAAUAAAUGUUUAAGUCAUUAAGGUUUGGGGUAAUUUGUUCCACAGUCAUAGAUGGCUAAUACAACAAGCAAAUAUGUUUUUGUAUCUUCUCUAUAAUUGUAUGAGUAGUAGCAUGCUGUAUACCCAGUUUUGUAUCUCGUUUUUUCCCACCUACCAUAUCUUAAAAAUCAUUCUAUAUGAGUAUGUAAA